AUGCCAUGCCACAAUCAGCAAAUGAACAGUGUCAGCAGUGGACAGGAGCACCCGAUGAAGCAAGUCCGUUUUGCGAACAGCACCGGCAGCAGUGCCCCUGCGGCUCUGAGCAGCUCGGAACCAACCGGUGACACCUUCACGCAGCAGCCCGACAACAGCCAAGACAACCUGGGACCUCAACUUAAACUGCUUCCUCUGAACGACCAGAUCAGGGAAUUGCAGACCAUCAUCAGAGACAAAACAACCAGCAGAGGUGAUUUUGUUUUUUGUGCGGACCGACUGAUCAGACUGGUCGUUGAAGAGGGUUUGAAUCAGCUCCCCUUCUCAGAGUGCACUGUGACCACUCCAACGGGGUACAAGUAUGAAGGUGUCAAGUUUGAAAGAGGUAACUGUGGAGUCAGCAUUAUGAGGAGUGGUGAGGCCAUGGAGCAAGGUCUCAGGGACUGCUGCCGCUCCAUCCGCAUCGGGAAAAUCCUCAUCCAGAGUGACGAGGAGACUCAAAAAGCAAAAGUCUACUACGCUAAGUUCCCCCCAGACGUGUACCGAAGGAAAGUACUGCUCAUGUACCCCAUUCUCAGUACAGGGAACACCGUGAUUGAGGCGGUGAGGGUGCUGAUAGAGCAUGGAGUCCAGCCCAAACAUAUUAUCCUCCUCAGCCUCUUCUCAACUCCUCAUGGAGCCAGGUCCAUCAUCCAGGAGUUCCCAGAGAUCACCAUCCUGACCACAGAGGUUCAUCCCGUCGCUCCAACACAUUUUGGACAGAGAUACUUUGGCACUGACUGAAACCUGACUGGGAUCAUGAUCAGUAAAUUGCUCUGGGUCUAUUUUGGGUUUACUUUCUAUUAUCUCAUCUUCUCCUUGUAGUGCCAUAAACUGCUCCUCACUGUUCCUAAGCCGAGUCGGAGUGAUCAGUCAAAUUCUUUGUAUUUAUUGCUUUUUGCUGUGAUUUCACGCUGUAGAGAAACCAGAUUAAAAGUUGGAACAUUU